UCCCGCUGCCUUUCACCCUGAAGGAGCUGCACCUGCCCCUCAUUGACACCCAGACCUGCAAGGCCUACUAUCAGGAGGGCUCCAGCUCCUCUAGCCAGGGGGCCAUCAUUCGAGAUGACAUGCUCUGUGCCAGCUUGGAGGAGGGCCAGAAGGAUGCCUGCGGGAUAUCUGCUGCUGUCAUGUCCACCCAGACUCCUGCCAACCCCGUGUGGGUCAGAGUAGAACUGCACUCCGUAGGUGAUUCCGGAGGCUCCCUGGUCUGUGACAUUGGUGUCUGGGCUCAGGCCGCAGUGGCAAGCUGGGGGUUUGGCUGCAGCCUCCCCAAGAAGCCUGGUGUUUACAGCCACGUCAGCACUACACCAUGUGGAUUAUCAUCACAACCUAGAACUCAGCCCCUCCUGACAGAAACUUCUCUCCAAGCCAGGCUGAGAUCCUCUGCUCUGCUGCUACUUCUGGGACUGCUGGGGGACACGCCCUUUCCCCUGGGGCUUGGCUAGUCUUGGCCCCCCACGUCCCAAACCCAUGACCUCUCUCUGCUCCCUGCUGUCCACCCAGUCCUCCAGUGACCCUCUCUGGGCCUCCUCCCUGCCGCCCCAACUCUAAUACCCACCUGGUGUCUUCUUCUCUCUCACCUGCCUGAGGCCGAACUGCGGGGUGCAGCCCAUGUCUCAGGGAUGACUGUGGUGGUUCCUGGGGGGCUGAUGUCUGUCCCUUUGCAGGUCUGUCUUCGGGGCAAAAAAGACAGGGCCUGGAAGGGCCACUUUCCUACUUUGGGCAGUCAUCCCUGUGGUUGCAGGGUCACAGCCUCCCCUGGGGCCUGGCAGCUGGGAAGGGGAUCCUGUUGAUGGGUGUCCUCAGAUGCUCACAGCAGCCUGCACUAUUACCCCCAUUUCUCAGACAAGGAAACUGAGGGCUGGGAACUCCAGGCUUGCCCAAGUCCACUAUCCCAGCAGCCCUGUCCCUCGGCUCAGCGGGUCGAGGAGGGUCAUCCACAGAACAGAGGGGCAGGAGAAGCAGGUCCUCUGGAUUCCCAGCCAAUUGCUGAGGCCAAAGCAGUGGUCCCCUGCCUCUCAGCACCUGGUUGCUGCCUAUGUCUGGGGCACUGGUCCGCCUGGGUUCAGGGAAAGUGUGGACAGGGAGUGGGAAAGCAGGCUUUGUAAGUCACUAGGAAGGCUGGGCAUCGGUCCCAAAGUCGUGGUCAGAUGUUAAGGUAAAUUCUCAGGUUCAGCCAGGGCUGGGGUCAAUCCUGGGGUCAUGGGUAGGGCUAGGUCAAUCCCAGGGUUGUACAGGGUUGGGGUCAAUCCUGGGAUCAGGGGUAGGGCUAGGUCAGUUCCAGGGUCAUGUGCAGGGUUGGGGUGAAUCCCAGGGUCAUGAGUAGGACUGGGGUCAAUCCUGGGGUCAUGGGCAGGGCUAUGGUCAGUUCCAGGGUCAUGGUAAGGACUGGGGUCAAUCCCAGGGUUAUGUGCAGGGCUGGGGUCAAUCCUGGGGUCAUGGGCAACAUUAAGUCAAUUCCAGGGUCAUGUUAAGGGCUGGGGUCAAUCUCAGGGUCACAGGCAGGGCUGAGGUCAGGUCUGUGUUCAAUCUAGGUUGGGGCGGGGGUGUGACAGCACAGGUUGUUGCCAGGCUGGGCUUGCUGCCGUCUCUCUCAUCCCCCUCCCUCUCCUCUGGCCCCAGUCUUUCCAGAAAAGUCUGGAAAGUGCCCAAAGAUGUAUAAGAAAGCAGUUGGGAGACAGGCACAGGCCCCCAUCCCAAGCAAGGGCAGAAGGAGAUGGGAGGAAGAGGGGGAUGGCUGCCACCCAUGCAGCCCACACCUGGCUCUCCCUCCCCGGCUGGCCUGGUGGUCACACCCCCCAGUGGCUCUCAUGGCCCUUGGAAACGGAGUACCUCCUCUGCCCUCCAAGGCCCCUCGUGGACCACUAUGCAUGGCCAUGCAUUGCCCACAUCACUAUGUGCUGGCUGGCUGGGCGCUGUGCUGGCUGGCUGGCUGGGCUAUGCAGGGAAAAAGGUGAGCCCCUCUGCCCUCACCUGGAAGACCCCUCCUCACAUACCCAUGCACAAGAACUUAAACUUUGAACCCCACCUUUGCUGGGCCCCUCCUCCUAGGGGUUGGAUGCUGGGGAACCCCUCACUCUGCACCCCCUCACUACAGCCCAUUGAGCAAGCACAGCCUGCCAGGACUCCCACUCAAGGGUCACUGGUCACAGGGACCCAACGAUGAAGGACUCAGUGGUGUCUCUGUGUCCCUUUCUGCCCAGCAAUAAAAUCUGUCAAAAGAGUUUCAAAUUCCACCAAUCAGGUGAGGAGAGGGACUGGCCCUGCCACCUGGGGGCUGCCUGGGGAGCAGGGACCAGCGGGCACCGUUCAGGGGGGGCCCAGGCUAAGGACCUCGCCUCCCCCACCAGGGUCCCUUAAAGGAUCUUCUGUUUGACACAGAACAGGUCCCAGUGGGUACCCAGUAAGGACUUGCUCAUAGCCCUGAUGGGGUCCCCAGGUGUGGGCAGGUCCAUUGUCCUGGAAGAAGAAAUGGGCAGAGGAAGGGGCAAUGGGUGAGGCAGUCAGAACUCCUGGAACCCAGAGAAGAGAGAGGGAAGAGUCAGGGUCAGCCAUUCGGGGUCGGGGGAUAUCAUGGGUGUGGUUGGGUGACCCAGUCCCAGUGGGAGCCUGAGGAAGGGCGCUGUGAGACCUCGAGAUCCCCACACAGCCCUUGAGCCCAUAGAGGUCAGGCUGGGAGGGAGUGGUGGGCCAGGGCUCUCACUCUUUCCCUCGCCCCCAGGGGGCGCCCCAGCAGGGCGGGCACAAGAGGAAGCAGAGGGGGAGCCAGGCGGGAAGAGGAGGCCAUGCGCACGCUGCUUCUCUGGCUGCUCCUGUCCCGGGCCGGGCUCUGGGGACUGGGGGAGUUCGGGCAGGGCGUGAGGACCCAAGAAGGAUCACCUGCUCAACUCCCCCCAGGGUCACCGGAUGGGGACUUAGUGUCCUCGAAUCCAGGUGCCACGAAAUGGAACUUGCUCACGACACCCUGUGGUCGCCGGAAGGUCCCCACGCGCGUAGUGGGUGGCAAAGACGCGGAACUGGGGAGCUGGCCAUGGCAGGGCAGCCUGCGCCUGUGGGGCAACCACGUCUGCGGAUGCAGCCUGCUGAGCCGCCGCUGGGUGCUCACCGCCGCACACUGCUUCGAACAGACCACUGACCCCUUUCCAUGGAGCAUCCAGUUUGGUGAGCUGUCUGCCACGCCAUCCAUCUGGAACCUCCAGGCCUACGAGAACCGUUACAGCGUGGAGAGAGUUGUGAUGAACCCCAGGUUUCUGGGGUCUUCACCCUACGACAUUGCCCUGAUGAAGCUGUCCUCCUCUGUCACCUACAAGGAGCAUGUCCAGCCCAUCUGUGUCGUGGACUCCACUGUGGAGUUCCAGAACCGAACUGACUGCUGGGUGUCUGGGUGGGGAGACAUCAUGGAGAACAAGGAGCUGGAGCCUCCAUACAACCUCCAGGAAGUUCAGAUCUCCAUCAUAAACACCACCAUAUGUAACCACCUGUACCAACAGCCGGAUUUCCGCCAUAACAUCUGGGGAGACAUGGUUUGCGCUGGCGAGCCAGAAGGUGGCAAAGAUGCCUGCUUUGGUGACUCAGGUGGACCCUUGGUCUGCGAACUGGAUAAUGUGUGGUAUCAGAUUGGAGUCGUGAGCUGGGGUGUGGGCUGCGGUCGCCCAAACCGGCCUGGCGUCUACACCAACGUCAGCGAGCAUUUCCAAUGGAUCCGAAAGCUGAUGGCUUGUGGCCCACUGGGGACAGACCCUUCCUCACUGCUUCUUCUGGCUCUGCUCUGGGCGUCCCUGCUCCUGCUGCCAGCCUGAGCCCAUGGAGCUGGCACACUGCGCAGAGCUGGGGACACCCAGGCCAAGCCUUUGCUGAGUUGGGUUCGAUCCCUUCUGUCCCCUUUCUUUGCUAAUAAACACGUGAGCAUG